GGCCUGGGGGCGCUGGGGCCGGGCCUGAGGCGGGGCGGUCGGGAGGAAGACCGGCGGGGCGGCAUGGCGGAGGCCGGGCCGGGCGGCGGAACGCCGAGGUACCGGGGCGCUCUCCAGCCCGACACGUGGGAGCAGGAGCUGGAGGCCAUCCCCAUGUUCAUGAAGCGGUGCCCGGCAGAGAUCGACGCGGCGCGGCAGCCGGAGCUGGCCUGUCUGCAGUCCCUCCUCUUCGACGAGGAUCAGGGCCCCGCAGAGCUGGCCAGGAUGUACAAAAACGAAGGGAACGAGUACUUCAGGGAGAGGGACUACAGGAGAGCCGUCAUCGCCUACACCGAGGGGCUGAAGAAGAAGUGUGAGGACCCAGAGCUGAAUGCCGUGCUGCACACAAACCGAGGGGCUGCACAUUUCUACCUGGGUAACUACCGUUCUGCCCUCAAUGAUGCCAUCCAAGCAAAAAAGCUAAAGCCCACUCAUCUCAAAGCAAUCGUAAGAGGAGCUCUCUGUCACAUGGAGCUAAAGAAUUUCUCAGAAGCAAUAGCAUGGUGUGAGGAGGGCUUGCAAAUAGAUUCAAAAGAGAAAAAGCUUGUGGAAGUGAGAGCUAAAGCUGACAAAUUAAAGCGAGCUGAGGAGCGGGAUGCAAGGAAAGCAAAGGUGAUGGAGAAGAAGGAACAGUGUCAAAAGGAAAUUCUGCUUGCAGCAAUAAAGGAAAGAAAUAUCAAGCUGGCUCUCAAGCCUUCAAAUGAAGAAGAGGAAAUAUCAGGUGGCUUGGCUGAGAUAUCUUUAGAUGGUUUCCACUCUGACAAUGCCACAGAGGCAAAGGUGCACUUAGAUGCUGAUGGUAACUUGAACUGGCCUGUCCUCUUUCUGUACCCUGAGCACGAGCAAACAGAUUUCAUUGUGGCUUUUCAUGAGAACUCCAGGUUUAUUGAUCAUUUAAUGGUGAUGUUUGCUGAGUUACCUCCUUGGGACUUAGAAAGAAAAUACCUUCCCUGUGAUCUUGAGCUCUAUUUUGAAGAUGAAGAAAGAGCAGCAAUGUACCAGCUGAACCCAGAACACACGUUGCUACAAGUGCUGCAGCACGAAAGGUAUUUUGUAAAAGCUGGGACUCCAACAGUUUUGGCAUUUGUAAAGUCUUCUCCUUUCUCUAAGAAGUACUUCUCUGGCAAGAAAGUGCAUCGACUAUAAUGAGCAAAAACCAAACGAGGAAUCCUGUGCAAGAGGCUGCUGGUUAUCUCAGCUACAGACUGCAAACUUCUGCUUGAACAAAAAUACCUUGCACACUUCAGGGGAGAAAUAAUCCUGGCACAUGGGGAAACUUCCAGGAAGGCAGCAUAGGAGAAUGAAGGGUUUACAAGAGGAGAUUAUUUGUUUAAAAAGAAAUCCAGCUGGCUUGCAGAAGGUCUCCUCUAUGAUAGGCUGCAUGUGGUUUUGAAAUAAACCUGAAGCAGUGCCAAAGACUGGCUGCAGUUGAAGCAGCAGCAGCUGGGAAUGUACUUACCUGUGAAAAAUCACUGAUUUCCUUGGAGGUGGGCUGUAGUUGCUGGGGUUUAACAGCAGUGGUCUGGGGAGAUACCUGCCUGUUGCAGCAGGAUGGAUGCAGUCAGAUUCCUGCCUGGGAUUAAGCAGCUGCUCUUUUUUCACCACUUGGCUCUGCUGCUGGCCAGGGUAAAGCAGAGCUCUUUGUUCAGAGCAGUAUGUUUUACUGACCCUUUUUGCUACCUUUACUGAUUAUCCUAUACAACCUGGAAAUAAACAUGUCUAUUUUAAGUA